AUGCUGGAAGCUAAGCUCAACCAGGCUGGUCUGCUGAAGAAGAUCCUCGAGGCCGUCAAGGAUCUGGUCACCGAUGCCAACUUCGACUGCUCCCCCUCCGGAAUCGCCCUCCAGGCGAUGGAUUCGAGCCACGUCUCGCUCGUUUCGCUGAUGCUCAACGCCGAGGGCUUCGAGCACUACCGCUGCGACAGAGGCCUCCAGCUGGGUAUCAACCUCGGCUCCAUGUCCAAGAUCUUGAAGUGCGCCGGCAACGAUGACGCCGUCACGCUCAAGUCGGAGGACGCCGGAAGCGUUGUCUCCUUCACCUUCGAGAGCCAGAAGCAGGACAAGGUCUCCGAGUUCGAUCUCAAGCUUCUCGAGAUUGAGUCCGACAUUCUGGGCAUUCCCGACACUGAGUAUGCGGCCACCGUGAAGAUGCCCGCCGCUGAGUUCCAGAGGAUCUGCCGCGAUUUGACCAUUCUUGGCGACACUGUCAUCAUCUCCGCCGGCAAGGAUGGCGUCAAGUUCUCCGUCUCCGGAGACAUGGGCAGCGGCAACAUCAACAUCAAGCCCACGUCGGCCGCUGAUGCCAAGGAGGAUGAGCAGACCGUCAUCAACCUCGACGAGCCGGUCACGCUGACCUUCGCUCUUCGCUACCUCAACCUCUUCACCAAGGCCACCUCCCUCUCGGGUUCCGUGACGCUCAGCCUCUCGAAGGACGUGCCCCUCGUGGUCGAGUACCCCAUCAAGAGCUCCAACGACGAGGAGAUGGGUCACCUCAAGUUCUACCUGGCCCCCAAGAUCGAGGAGGACAGCUAA